CAACACAAAAACUUAACAUCCAAAUAUAAUAAUAAUAAUAAUACACAGACUCUCACCAGUCAUAAUAUUAAUAUUUUAUAGUUAACAAAUAUACACUAUAGUCUUUAAAUAGAACUAGAGCGCCACUUAUCUCUCACAAAGAAAAAAAAAAGGAACAAAAAAAAUUAAAAAAAAUGGAGAAAUCACUUCCUCUGAAUGAUUGGCAAGUGAAGAAAAGAAACAGAGCAAUAAACAGACUCCAUGGCUUCAUCCAUGGCGGCGCUUUAGCUGCCCUAUUUUACUACAGAAUCACAACCAUCACCGCCAUAGCCAAAAGCAGCAGCUCCAUUCUUCCCCACCUUCUCAUCUUCGCCGCCGAGCUCACUCUCUCAUGCAUGUGGCUGCUCAGCCAGGCUUCGCUCUGGAACCCGGUCGCGCGAAACGCCUACCCGGAGAGGCUGCCCGGAGACGACAAUCUGCCCGCCAUCGACGUGUUCGUGUGCACCGCCGAUCCCGCGAAGGAGCCGAGCUUGGGUGUGAUGAACACCGUGAUAUCGGCCAUGGCGCUCGACUACCCUCCGCACAAGCUCCAUCUCUAUCUCUCCGACGACGGCGGCUCCCCCGUCACGCUCCGCGCCCUUAGACGGGCGCGGAGCUUCGCGAAGCUGUGGAUUCCGUUUUGCAGGAAGUUUGGGGUGAAGAAUAGGUGCCCUCAGGCUUAUUUCUUGAGAGAGGAGAAUGGUGGUAAUGGUGAUCACUUCUUUGUUGAGAAGAAGGCAAUCGAGAAAGCGUAUGACGAUUUCAAGAUUUCGUUGGGCAAGAUUAUUGCUGAAGCUGUCGACGUUGGGGCCAGCAGGGACCAUGCACCAAUUAUUGAGGUGAUAAGCGAUGCAAAUUCCAACGGUACGGAUUGGAGCAGCGAUGAAGAGAUACCGCUUGUCGUUUACGUUGCUCGCGAGAAAAGGCCAUCUCAUCCCCACAAUUUCAAAGCAGGAGCCCUCAACGUUCUUCUCCGAGUAUCGGGCAUGAUCAGCAACUCGCCGUACAUUUUGUCGUUGGACUGCGACAUGUACUGUAACGAUCCGACGUCGGCGCGUCAAGCGAUGUGCUUCCAUCUCGACCCCAAACUCUCCGAGAAUCUUGCGUUUGUGCAGUUCCCACAAAGAUUUCACAACAUCAAACGCAACCCCGAUAUCUACGAUGGUGCCAUGAGGUGUUUUUGGACAAAAUGGGAAGGCUUCGAUGGUCUUCGAGGGCCAGUCUUGUCGGGGUCGGGGUUUUAUAUAAAGAGAGAAGCACUCUAUGGAACUCGGAAGCUUCAAUCAAAUGUUGAUCUUAACGAGCUCAAGAAGUAUUACGGCUCAUCCAACGAGUUCAUCAAGUCGAUUUAUAGAAAUUACAAACUAAAUAGUCGAAGCAAUGCAUUGCUCAACGAUGAGGCAUUCAAGCAAGAGGUGCAAUUGGUAGCUUCAUGUAGCUAUGACAAUGGCUCACAAUGGGGGAAAGAGAUGGGAUAUAAAUAUUUCGUUGUGGUGGAAGAUUAUUUCACAGGAUUCAUUCUGCAUUGUGAGGGCUGGAUUUCUGUGUAUCUUGAUCCUUCAAGGCCAUGCUUUUUGGGAUCAUCUCCUUUAAGCCUAGGCGAAAUUCUCAUCCAAAACACGCGAUGGUUUCUUGGAUUGGCUCAGGUUGCUCUGUCCAAAUAUUCUCCCAUGUUCUACGGGGCACUGAGAAUGUCGAUUUUGCAAAGCAUGAUCUAUGCAGAGGUAGCAUGUUACGCCGUUUAUUUCCUGCCCGUGUACGUUCUAGCCCUCGUUCCUCAGCUCUGUCUCGUUCGCGGCGUCCCUCUCUAUCCUGAGGUUUCGAGCCCAUUUUUCGCCGUGUUUGUUUUCGUUUUCUUGUCGUCGCAGCUGAAACACGCGCAGGAGGUGUUUGCGUCGGGGGAUUCGAUCAAGACUUGGUGGACGGAGCAGAGGGUGUGGAUGAUGAAAUCAUUGACAUCUUUCUUCUUUGCUGCCGUGAACGCGAGUUUGGAGAAGGUCGGAUUGAUCAAGGCUAGCUUUGUCCCAACAAACAAAGUGACCGACGAUGAAGUGGAGAAGCUCUAUCAAAUGGGGAAAUACGACUUCCAAGCACCACCUCUCUUCAUGCUCAUAUUGUGCUCCCUUUACUUGCUUAAUCUUGCUUCCUUCGUCGUCGGAUUUGUGAAGGUUUUGCAGAAUGGGAAGAUGAUGAAUGAGAUGGUGAUGCAGGCUUUUCUACCAUUGUAUGGCGUAGUUCUGCAUUUGCCUUUGAUGGAAGGGAUGGCGUUGAGGAAGGAUAAAGGCCGAGUUUCGCCGCCGGUGGCGCUUCUUUCAGCUGUAAUUUCCUCUCUAGUUUUGGCUUAUGCAGCCCUUGUUCAUUAAUAUCAUGCAAGCUAGUGUAUGCUUUGGUUAUUUGUUGUCUCGUUACGGGGUGUUAACUUUGGAGGAUUAGUCUAUAAUAAGGUUAAUCUCCUUUUAUCUUGAUGAAUUGGAACUUUAGGAUAAGACCCUUGAUUAUUUUUAUCAUUUAAGUUAAUUUUGUUUGAUUUUUA